AUGUUCUCAGCAAAUAAACGAAAACAAUUUACAUCAUCAAACCCAAAUGAUACAAUCCCUCAAAUACCACGCCGAAAUGUUAAUUCUUCCUCAAAGACCUCUUCCACAAAAAUUGUUCCAAAACUCGUAUUACAAAAAGACACCAAGGCUCCAAAACCUUUUGAUACCUCCGAAAAAACUGCUCAUGACAGUUCUACUUCUUCUCCGAUUACUAGUAAUAGUAGCAUUUAUGAUACUCCAACUAUUAAAUUUACUUCAAAAAAUCUCUCUGACAUUGAUGGUUCUUCAAAUGAUCAAUCAAAACAAACCUUUCCUUCUUCAAAAAAAGGUUUAUCGAAUAUUAAUUCGCAAACUGAUAAUAUUCCAAAUUAUUUAAAAUCUCGAAAACAACAUCAUCUUAAACGUAUGGAAUCUGCUCCUGUAAUACAUACUCCUAAUGUUUCGACAAACGAUGAAAAUGAAAAAACCACAAUGCUUGCCAAGAAAUCUGACGCGUUUCAUCAAGCUGCACUUAAAGCUUAUAUGGAAUCAUUCGAUUUUGAAAAAGAUCCUAUUGAUAUCGCGUUAAG